AUGUCUUUUUCACGAUCAGAAGAAUAUCAAGACGCCUACAUCAAGGAGCUUGAUGCUCGACUGGCUGCCCUCGAAAAUAAUGAAUUCUUUCUUCCAACCCCUCCAAAAACAUCAAAAUCAUCAGCAAGAAGACCGAGAAAGCAAAAUAAAGAUUCCGCAGAAAGAGAUCUUAAAGCUGUAAGUGCUCCCACAUCUGCUCGGCGGAAUAGAGUUCGUAGACAUAAUCAAUUUACCCAACAAGAUAUUCAAAAAUUUUUAAAUUGUGCGUAUGAGAAAAAGCCUCUUUGGAAUUUAGAACCUGAGCAAUAUGAACAAGUACUUUCUAUAUUAAAACAGCAAAAGAAAGAUGCCGUUGCUAAAAAGAGAUUUGUUGAUAGUAUGGAAUCCCAAGAAGCUAUUGAAUAUGUAAAUAAUCAUUACAAGAACGCAAUCAAAGAAGAAGGAGAGCAAGAAAUAGAUUCAGAAUUCCAAGGAAAAAUGGAUACUUAUUACGAAAGUUUGAAGAAGUUUGAUGAUGAGACAAAAGAUCUCGAAGAGAAAUUCUUAAUCAAAAAGCGUAAAGCUAAAGAUUUAAUCGUUGAAAGUCAAAAAGAUGAUUUACUUGAUUUGCAAGAAUACUGGUCUUCUCCUGCAAAGCAACGUCUCUAUAACCGCGCAUCAAAUCAACUUGUUAAUCUAAGAAAACGACAAAUUGACGAAGUUAAUCUUAAUAACCUUGCUGAAGCCGCAAGACUUCAAAAACACAUUUCUAGACUCGAAAGAGAAGAAUCCAGAACAAAUUCUGAAGCAUGGCAACUCGAUUAUAAUCAAGCAUUAGAUAAAUUACAACAAAAGCAUAAGCGCGAGUUAGAAACAUUUGAAUUCCAAAGUAACAUUCAAUUUACUAGUUUAAAGCAGAAAAGAGAGACUUUAAGACGGCGUUUUCUCUAUCGAAAAGCAAAUCUCGAACAUAAGAAGGAGCAAGAUAAAGCAACAAGUCUUUUUGGCGCUUCUGCAACGAAAAGAAUUCAGAGAAAUAUAAGCGCUUCUACUUCACUCAAAAAGACCGAAAAAAUACUAGAUCGUGCAUUAGAUAAUGUUUAUAAGGAUAUUUCUUCAAUCAGAUUGAAGCCUAUUGUAUUCAAAGUUCCCAAAUGA